GAUAGUCUGAAGGACAACACUUCUCAUCAGAGCCAGCAGCUCAUGUCCAGUGCUGCGACAGUUUCCGUUAGCAACUCCAACACAACAUACCUGCCCCAACAGGUUAAUCUCACCUUCCAUCACCUGCAGGUAUUACUGUGUGUGUUUCUCUGGGUUUAAUGACUACUGGUGGCACUCAACAAUGCUUGGACAUAGACAAGUGUGUUGGGAUCCCAGAUAUUUGUGGGAAAUGGGGAACCUGUCGUAAUCAGGGUUGUAUCUACCUGUGCACGUGUCCCAAUGGAUUUAGGAACUCUGGCAACGGACAAACUCCGUGUGUAGACAUUGACGAGUGUAAUACAGACGGAGUAUGUGGAAAUGUGGGCAUCUGUCAAAACCUGAUUGGCAGUUACUGGUGCCAGUGUCCUGCUGGAUUUACUAACUUUGGCAAAAACCAAGCUAAGUGUGUAGAGCUUAAUUGUGACCAGUAUGAAACACAGGCUGGACAGACUCUACCAGGCCUUGAUAGUUUAUUGUCUCUGUUGAGAAACAACUGUUUGGUGUUGAGCAACUCUAUGUUGCCUGGACCGACAAGACUGCUGCCAACUGGAGAUGUGCUUUUUACAUUACUGGUUAAUACCACAGAUGUUGUUCAACUGGGCCUCCAGUCCAAUGGUCACCGUAGUAGCAGUGAAGUGACUAAGUUACUGAGGACGAUUGAAAUCUCUAUCAGACUGAUCGCUCCACUGCUGACAGAGAACGUGACCAGGAUAGAGACCAACCACACAGAGGUUGAGAUUAUGGUGAGGAGAGACAAGACUCCACCUGAAGGACCAGUCAGCCUGACCAAUGAGAACACACAACUUGACACCACCUGGGAGACGGUGGUUGGAGAUGACCAGAAUUACCCAGGGUUUGCGUAUGUCGUUCUGCUAAACUAUAGGAAUCUGGAUAGUCUGAAGGACAACACUUCUCAUCAGAGCCAGCAGCUCAUGUCCAGUGCUGCGACAGUUUCCGUUAGCAACUCCAACACAACAUACCUGCCCCAACAGGGAAGCGGGCAGCUGUCGUUGGUGAUGUGGGUGGGUGUUUUUGUGGCACUGACCUGUGUGUUCCUGUCCCUGAUCACCACCCUGUGGUGUCGCUUUGUCAGCCGCAAACGCCGUGGAGGACACCGGCAGCAACAGGAUGUACAGCUACAUAGAAAAUAAGACAUGGAUUUGAACUAUUUGUGUUCUAAGAAAAGCUUUACUUGGAAUUAAUUUGUAACAUUGUCUCUUGGCUUGCAAGGACAUCCACAUGCCAGCAAUU